GUCGCCUCGCAGUGUAGCAUGGACUCGUGUGGCGCACACUUCUUUUAAAAGUGGUAGCACGCGCGGUUUCGAAUAUUUGCUUUUAUUUUCGGCGUAUUCAAUUACGUAGACGCGAGUGACAGUUGACGAGUGUAUAAUGUUUGCCGAUUGACAAUCCUUCGUGUGAUAUGAAUCGAGAGAACGAAGAGAAUUCGCGAAAUUUCACCGACCUAGAGUUUCUCAUCCGUGAACGGUGCACUCGUUUCGUACGCGGGGUUCUGUCCUAUGCGCAGUAAUUAUGACAAUUCGUUCGAUCUGCGCACGUAUCGAAUUUGUGGCGUCAAAGGGACAACUUCGCGUUGUAUCGACAAAGAAAAUUUAAACGCGGAGAAAUAAUGCGUGAAUCACAAUCGAAAUAAUUUGUGCGAAUUUUUUAAUCGUGUUUUGUCCUAUUAUCAUCGUGUUUAUCGCGUUUUUAAUAAUAUGCGAGGAUUAGCAUUCGGUACACGAUUGCGGUAUUCGAACUUCCCGCUUCGAGCGUUCGAUAUUUUCGAGCUUUCCUCAUCGAAAUUCCGAUUCUCGCGGUUUGCGAAAAUGUGAUCGAAUGGCGUGUCCCGCGUCGUGCGACGGAUUUUUCGUGCCCGGAAAACGCAUAUUUUCGCGAUCAAAAUGACGGUGAACCGAUCGGUGGUAACAAUAGUGUUAAUAUUAGUGACUUUUGUGAUUGUGUUAGUGCAUAUGAAGGAUGUGACGACACUGGAAUACGACAAUCUUCUUUUGGCAAACGAGACCAACGCCAGGCAUCGCGUCCAUACAGGUAUGAUGAAUUUUGAAUAUAGAAGAUUGGAUCUGUGGUGCGAAAAUCUUGGACGGAUACGUAAGAGCGACCAUGGUAUUUCCUCAUUGCAUGGAUUUCCCUCUGAUGCGACGGUAAUCAAGUGCGCAUUAUCAAGGAGCGUACGCGACAUUCCAGAGUCCUCGAUCGGCGAUCAUCGUCAGGGUCGCAUGUCCCUCCAGGCCGAGCUACCGUCGUCCAAGGCGAAGAGGGAGCAAGCGCUUCGCAGCAUCCUCGCUGCGAGGAGGCGACAGAUCUUCAGCCAGCGGCCAAUCUCGGAAUCUCGGAAUCUGAACCGUACGCCGAGACCGUUGGACGCGUCCGCGAAAGACGCGUCGGUCGACGUUCUCGAGGCCCAGGAGACGAGGCAUGGGAUGUACGUAACCGCGGCUGCCGGCAAACCGGGAGACGAAGAAACGUCGGGCAGAGUCAUCGACGGGGGCGAGGCGACGUCGAACGUGGACAUCGAGUUCGUGUCGAGGGACGAGGAACGGGGGAAACGGGUCGUCGAGCAGAGUUCAACGGGGAAAACGGGGAACGAGGAUCUCUCGAUCGGCGACAAGAGCUCGUUAUCCCCGUCCACCACAUCUUUCUCGUCCCUCGUCCCAAAUCAAAAAUCUUCGGACACGGAAACUCGUGGAAGGAACACGGUCCCUAUGCCGGAGUCGCUCUACAAUUAUUUCAGGCCGGUCGAGAGUAACAUACCGGUCGAGGACAUGUCGCAAUUCCUCUACUUCGGCCAGAAGAUUCAACCGGAAAUUCAGAACGGGACGAGUAGCGGUAGUAAUAACAAUACGGCUGAGUCGACGGCCACGGCGCCGACCGCGGCCAACUCCAGAAGAAGGUAUUCCAUGAAGAGGAAUUCGACGACACCGGUACCGGUGGCCAGGUUGGAGGAGAUGCUCAACGAGGAAAUGAACAUCGCUGUGGAACGGCAGACGGUGGAGAAGAACAAGGUGUCGAAGAUGAAGAACGCGUUCAGGGGAGCGGAAAACGGGGUUUACUACAGGAAGGCGAGGCCUGCGGAGACGACGAUCGCCUCGAACGUUAUUGGAACGGGGAACGGUACCGAUAGAUCGGACUCCGUCGCGGAAAAUAAAUUUCGCGACGAUAACCCGUCCGCUCACGUGGAGCACGAGCCGCGGCGCGAGAGAGGAAGUGCCGCUGCCCACGUGGCCGGUGAAACGUGGAAUGCGACCAACUCGACCCAGAUACCGAGCGGGCAGCCCGUUUCCGCGAUCACGCGCGAGCGGAACGGGGCAGAAAGUGAAACCAAGCUGAAAGAUCGUCCCACGGACGCCUCGAACAAAUCGAAGCCCGUAUUAUCCUCGACCGUGAACGGAGUGGAGAAGCCGUCCAAGGUUUAUCCUCGAAAGAGGAAGAGCAACGAUCCAUCCUCGCCCGCCGCGUACCUCGAGGACGAGGUAGCCUUCUCGAAUCCUCGAGAAUCGUUGGGGAUGGACGGAAGCGCGAAAGAGGAACGAGGGAUCGACGAAGCGAACUAUCGGACGACCGUUGUUGCCUGCCGCGAGAGCAACAACAUCGAGACGUCGACUUCGAGGGAGAAGCUCCUCGGCCGUUCCUCCACCGAACCGUUUCGAGUCGUGUGGACGUCGCCGGAAACGUCCACCCUCCGCAUCGUGGUGACGGAGGGAAGGUUGGGGCAAGGCUCGGCCGACGAGUAUACCGUUAAACCGGUCGUCGAUUCCACGGAGGGACGAGCGCGCGGCCUCGACGUCCUUGCCACCCCGAGCACUCUCGCGGGACCGAGCGGGGCCGAGGGGGCACGUUGGAAGGGGCGGCACAGGGAACAGAAGCAGCAGCAUUAUGGAAGGCUCGACGAAGGGAGCGGCGUGUUGGCGCGGGAACACGAGCGGGAUCGGGAUCCACGGCAUCGGGAAGAAGAACAGCAGCACCAGCAGCAGCACGUGUACGCUUACACGAUAACGAACGUGACGCGGCUAUUGCGCAACUACACCGGACCUGGGUUAAGCAGAGAGGAACAAGGAGGUCGAGAGGCGAGCACGGGUACGACCGAGAUAACGAGCGGAUCGCGGCGUCAGCAGGCAGAGGCAGAGCCGCAGCCGCAGCCGCGGUCGCAGCCGCCGCCGCCGCCGCCUCUUCUGCCUCCUCCUCGUGGCGGCGGCGCGGCAGGUAUAGAGGCAGGCCGAGCGCCGGCGGAACUCAGUGCCGGCACGACCGUCGAACCAGCCGCAGCCGGUGGUGAAGCGUCCGCUCACCUGGUGGGGGAACGACAGAGGAAAGUGGUCGUUGCAGUCGGUGCGCACCAGUCGCAGCAGCAGCGCGCGGUCAACAGAGCGCAGUUGCAGCUGACCGCCGUAAACAAGAGCGGGCCGAGGUCGGCCAAGACCGCGGAAGCGUAUCACCCGAGAGGCGGCGUGCGUUGGAGUCGCGCGAAGCCCAGGAGCACGGAGAUCGAGGGGCUGAACGAUAGAAGGUUUCUCAGGAAGUCGGCGAGCGCUGUGUUGAAUCAGAGGAUCGGGGCUGGUCCCGAGGGAGAGGAGGACGGGGCGGUGGCAGGGAAGAGGAGGAGGUUGACAAAUGGCCAGAGCCAGAAGAGGGUCAAAGGGACGAGGAACGUAGACGAGGAUUCGGAUACGGUUAAGAACGAGAGCGGUUCGAUAGCAGGGGACGAGAGGAAUUCGAGGGUCGGAGCGAGGGUCGAGGAUGUGACGAUCGCGAACGGGAGCGGAGAGGGUACGAUUUUGGAAAACGCGACGACGGUGGAUACGACGAGCGGUGGCACGAUGCAGCAGAGAGUUUCGUCCGCUCCCUCCGUGGAAACGGAAACGGUGCUCGAUUCGACCGGUGGUGGCGGUGGUGGCGAUGGUGGUAGCGGUGGUCCUCUUCCGACAGCGGUGAACGCGACCACCACGGACGAGGGCGGAAGUAGCGAGCAAGCGGAAGCGGUGACCAAGGCGAGCGCAUUCGAAACCAAAGACGAAACCGUGGGGCGGGCGAGCGACGAGGAGAGCGUCGUCGUACCGUCCACGAGCACCCGCGGUAUCGGGAAGAGCGGCGCGGAUAAUGGCACCGAGAACGGAAGCGGUUCGCCGACCGUGACAGUGACCGCGGCGUCCGACGAAACGAUCGUGGCCAAAGAGACUACCGCGCCGGCGCCCGUUUUCCCCGUUACGCCCAGAAUGAUCGCGAAAGCGGCCCGAGACCCGAUCGAGACUUUCACCUCGAAGCCGACCGAGGCCCCCAACCAAAUCGCGGAUACCAAAACGGUGGCCGGCCUCGUCGAUCCCUCCGUCGACACGGAAAAAGUGUACGAGUCUAAGGAUCGCGGGAUCACGACCAUGACCACGACCGCGAGUGCAACCGCGUCCUCGUCCAUCGCCACGACGGAAGCGUCGACGACCACCACCACUGCCACCACCGCCACCACCACCGUCACCACAUCCUUGCCCACCGUGCAAAUAGAGAUCUCCACGAUCGCCCAAGACCAAAGCGCGACGACCACCACCGAUUCGAAGGAGCCGAGACCCUUGGAAGACGCGUCUCCUUCGAUCUUGACGGCAGACCUGGCAGAUGGGAGGCGAGGGUCCGGCGAAAGGUCACCGGAAGUGAGAGGGAGGAAUCUGUCGGACAAGUCGCAGGACGCGUCCACCGACAAGGACGACGUGCUACCCAUAAUGCAUCUGUACAACACGUCGGACAUCUUCAACAACACCGGCCCGGUGAACCCGUUCUCCCGGGGAACGGAGCGGCGGGCGGAACACCCGCUUCCGGCCAAGCAGCCCUCCGAACCUUCGAGAACGACCGAGAAAACCAGCGACACGAUUACACCGAGGAGCGCGGAGAAUUGGACCCGUGGCCCGGACACGAGGAAGGACAGGCACGAGGAGAGCAAUCAGGUCCCGGCGACAGGCCCGGGCAGAGGAUCGUCGACUAGCAACGGAAGUGGGAAUCGUACGAGGCACAGGACCGUGUAUCACCAUCCCAUUUUGCCCGAAUACAACACUUCGGUGUAUCCGAGCGAGUUGAACAGGACGUUGUUCGAGACUGGACUGAUAUCGGUCAGUCCAAGGGAGUCGGUGAAUAUCAGUGAAGUGAUAUCGAAGAGGCACGACGGGGACGCGAUCGCGUCCCAGGAGACGGUCGCCGUGGUCAGCUACAUCUUGGCGACGUUGGUCGUGUUCCCGAUCGCCGUCGGCGUUGGCCUAAUUCUUAGAAGACUGAUACUUAGGAAUCGUAAGGUGCUGGAGGAAUCGGAUACGUCGUCGGAAAUAAGUUGCAGGAAGGAUGCUUUGAAUCUCGAGAAUGGCGACUUCAAAACGUCCAUCGAGAAAGCGAUCACUAAACUUCCCAGGAUACAACACUUGUGUCACGAAGCGGAGAAACCACCGCCCCCUUCGUCUCAAGAAUCCAGAUGGGAGUUUCCUAGAGAUAAGCUUAGGUUACAGACGGUCCUCGGCCAAGGAAACUUCGGCCAGGUCUGGAAGGCUGAAGCCGAUGAUUUGACAGGUCAUCAGGGGACGACCCGGUUAGUGGCCGUGAAAACGGUGAAAGAGGGUGCUUCCGAUCGUGAGAAGGAGGAUCUGGUUCGAGAACUGGAAAUCAUGCAGCAGCUUGGCAGCCAUCCAAACGUUGUCACUCUUCUGGGUUGCUGUACGGAACAAGAGCCUCAUUAUCUCAUACUCGAGUACGUGAUGUACGGGAAAUUGCUGGCCUAUCUUCGAGAUCAUCGCACCAGGCAGGAUUUCUACAAUUUCAGCGAGGACUCCGCGGCGCUUACAUCCAGGGAUCUCACCGUGUUUGGGUACUGCGUGGCGAGAGGGAUGGAGUAUCUUGCGUCGAAAAAGAUCAUCCACCGCGAUCUCGCCGCGAGGAACGUGCUCGUGGACCACAACAAGCUGUGCAAGAUCGCUGACUUCGGUAUGUCCAGAUUCGCGGACGGGGAUGGAGAGGUGAUCGAGACGAGACAUGGCAGAAACGCGUUGCCGAUAAGGUGGAUGGCGCCCGAGUCGUUGAUCUACUCGCUCUUCACCACCAAAACGGACGUGUGGAGCUUUGGAAUCUUGAUGUGGGAGAUUGUCACCCUGGGUUCGACACCGUACCCGGACAUGACGGCACGGGAAGUGAUGCGGAACGUGCAGAACGGUUAUCGACUGGAGAGGCCUUCGCACUGUCGAAGCGAGUUGUUCAGAGUGAUAUCCCGGUGUUGGCACGCCGAUCCAGACCGGAGGCCGGAAUUCCAAACGCUGAGAAGGGAUCUGGCCCAGCUUCUCGAGGACAAUAUGAACGGACAUUACGUGGACCUCGAGAGUUUCGCAUCCGAAUGCACCGAUUGAGCAUUCAUUUCGAUUCAAACGAAAUUCUUUUGGAAAUUAUUUUCUAUUUCGACGAUCAUCGAGACCGUCGCGCGUGGAUCUGCAUCGAUAUCGAUUAGUGGACAUUUGAACGAUGUUCGCUGAAACAACUCGUUCGAUACUUUUGAAAUCGUAUUCGUUUAUGAGGUGUUGACACUUAAUCGAUAAUUGUACGAGUGGCGUGAUGUUUCUGUUCAUGUAUGAGGUUUCUUUUAACGCGAUCUUUUUACACGCUUUGACCGGGAAAUGGAAAAGCAGUCAAUUAUGAAAAUCUUUACACGAAUAGGUCUUUGUAUCAUAUAGGGAGGGAUAUUAAUAUUUGUAAAGAAUUGUUGUACAAUUGGAACUAAAGAAUCCGUCCAUGCUGUUCUAAUUUUCUUUUUUUUUCUUUUUCCUAUAAGGAUUUUAUACUUGGAACGAGGAAAUUUCUGACAGAGAGAAAGAGAGAGAAAGAGAGAGAGAGAGCAUAUGUAGAUUUUAUAUAUUGUAACUUUUUGUAAAAGUUCUGGAACUAUGACAAUGCCCUGUUCUUUGAAAUAAUAAAUAUUUUAACAUGGGUGCAUACAAAGAAAAAGUGCUAAUAUGAAAUUCGUGAAAGACGAGUUAAAUAUUAAAAUAUUUUGCACGAGAUGCAAAAUCAAGAAAGGACAGAGUGGUUGUGUGAAUAGUUUUGGCGUUGAAAAGAUAAAACGAAUGAUCUAACAAUGCAAAUAUGAAAAUAGAAUAACGUAUGACAUGUACAGUUAAAGAUAAGAGCCGUUCUUCGCUGUUUCUUUCUUCCAACGAGGAGAAAACAUCUAAGAUUCUUUUCUAAGUAUUUCGUUUAGUAUUAUUUGUAAUGUAUCUCCUCUCCUUCUUCAAUCAAUGCGCCAGUCGUCGAAGAUUCGUUCCUAUCGGUGUUUUUCGUUAAAUAGUUAACGAUUUAUCGAUAUAUAAAAUAAUAUUGUAAAUUAAAAAAACAUGCUGUAAAAAAUGUAGAAACAAAAAAAAAAGAAACAUCGUUUGCUCAUAGAUAUAUUUAACGAGUAAUAAAAAAAAUUGCUCGAAGAAAAGCUCCGAUAAACGAUCAAUUGCACAAUUGCAUCAAACAUGAAUCGAGUGACAAUGUAUCAAUCGAGCGAUUUUCAUUUUUGCUCAAAAGUCGCAGGGUAUUUCGUAUAAAAUUAAAUUAACAUUUACUUUAUUUCAAUAUCGAAAGAAAUAUAAUGAAUUUUCUAAAACUUUGAGCAAGGGUGUAUAUCGUUUUAUCGUUGUGUAUUAUAUAUUUUUCACUUCUUUUCCAUUGUAUAUAAACUCAUGUUUCAAACGCAUCGUAUCGAUCAAAAAAAAAAUCUUGAAAAAAAUAAAUGCGAUCUUUUUCUAUCGUUCCAUCAUAGUUAUAUCGAUUAUUGUAACAAUAGUUAUUAUUAUUAUUAUUAUUAUUAUUAUUAUUAUUAUUAUUAUUAUUAUUAUUAUUAUUAUUAUUAUUGUAUCAUUAUUAAGCACGAACGUUUACAAAGUUUCAAUCGUCGAGUUAUAUUCUUAAUCAUUCUAGUCUUUCUCGAUGCGUAUGGGGUGGCGAUUGGUCCUCAAGCACGUGUAAAUUUAUUGUUCUGGAUUGUGAUAUCUUCGUGUGUCUUUUUUUUCUCGUUUUUUUUUAUAUGCGUAUUAAAAACCGAUUAAAGCCCCACCAUUCGCGGUUGAUUAUUUUUAUUAAGUUUUCUACGUCAACGUCGAUUCAAAGUUCUCUUCGAGAAUUUCAACCUCGCUUCCGUAAUAUCGAAGAGAAGCAAUUAUUAUUUUAGAUUUUAUCGAGACGUUGCUCUGCGAUUCGAUUGUAUAUACACGUACACUAUUUUCCUACCUUUUUUUUUUUUUUUGCCUAUUGUUCUUUGUUACACCCCAGCCCCCCCCCAAAAAAAUGCAAGAAUAUUGUAUGUAAACUCAAUUAUUAUAAGAAGUUUUUUUUUUGUCAGUAAACGUUGUCGUAAAUCCCA